AUGAGUACGGGAGUUGGAGUUGUGGAAAGUUUAAACGGUUCUCCGAAGACUGGAAGUGAAGAGAGUGGCUCCGAGUCGGUGGAAGAAGACAGACUUCGACGUCUGUUUGAAAGUUGUGAUGCGGACGGAGAUGGAUUCAUCGAUGGGGAGUCAGCUGAGGAGAUAAUGCACCAGAUGGGGAUGAACCGCAAUCGCAUUACCUUUGAUGACUUCAUCCGCUACCGCACGCGCGUCAUGACGGAGCUAGACUCGCAGCAUUACAUGGACGACACGGGGAUCGAAUCUGACACCGGGUUCAUCUGCCACCACAACCCCAACAUGUCUUCCUGGCCCACAAUGAGCAGUGAUAACAGCUUGGGGGCUCACUCGGGGAAACCAGACAGUCUGGACUACGAUAGCGGGGCCCGUGAUAUGAGCCCAGAACCUCCCAGUUUUCAGAAACUUAUUGAGUCACAUGAUCCGUCAGGUUUCCAAAACCUCCAAGCCAGUUAUUCCGGCUCGGAAAACUUUCUGGAAUUGGCCAAUCGGCUCCACCUGGCAGCUCUGACGUCGUUGAAAGGGGAGAUAAUUGACCUAACAAAUCGGCUACAACAUGUGACCAGUGAGAGAGAUUUGUUAGAAAAACAGUUAAAUAAAGCUCAGACUGACAAACUUCGCCUUCAACGAGAGUGUGAAGAUCGAGUUGAGCAGACCGUAGCCAGGUAUGAGGAGCGAAUCACAGAGUUACACAGCGUCAUUGCGGAGUUAAGGAAGAAGAUUGAGCGGCACCAUAUCAAUGUGAUAAGAGAAGAAGACGAGUACGAAGAUUCAGACCAGUGUGCCAGCGCAAAAAAGCGACCAGAUGUCGCCAGCAUCAACGAAAACAACGCCAACGGUUCACAGUCAGCUAGUCUGGAAAUGGGCAAUGAGCUUACCGUGGAGUUCUCGCGGGUUGUGGCCGAUCUGGAAAACACGAUUGACCACCAUCGGCGGAUCGAUGAGGACUCGUACAAAGAUCAGUUCAUCGGUGAGAAUGAAGAUACAGGGGAGGAGGAUGCUGUCAAGGUUUGUCGUCAGAUGGAGAAGUUACACUUCACUCCACCUCCCCCUCCCACGAGUCCACCCCCUCCCCUCAACCCGUCAGAGGAGUAUCAACACCCAGGGGUUCCUUCACCCUGUUCCCCACCGUAUCCCGUCUCUCCACCCCCUCUAGUCAACCGCCUUGGGGGUACGGACAUAGAACGAUCUCAAUACUUGCUCGUCCCGGAGAUGGACCAGCUAAGGGGAGAGAACUCUGCCAUGCAGGAAGCCCUAGCCAGGCAGGAAUCAGAGCUUCACUGUCUGAGGAAUGCGCUGUGUGGAACUCGGGAAGAGAAAGAGCGACUGAAAAAACGGUUACGUGAACUUCAGGGAAGGUUGAAUGGCAUAGAGUCCACACCCAGCCCCCAAACCAGCCGAACCUCCACCCCGACCAAGUCGCAGCACAUCAACCCAAGCACCGGGGAGAGGUACAUAUCGGCAGGAAGUUGUGAAAACUUUCCCGUGGCCAAAAUUGCAGAAUUGAAGAAGCUGCGUACAAGUUCCACUGAUAGGCAGGUGUUGGGGUCAGAACUGUCAUCGUACGGGCUGCCGAAUGCCAAGUUGGCGGAGCAUCUGGCUCAGAGUUUGCAGGAGUGCUCCAACAUGCAGGAGAUCAUACAGACACUUUACAAAUGUGGCAGUGAAAUAUCCGACAGCAAUGUACGCGAAUUUGAAAUCGAAACCGAACGAUUGUCCAGCAAAAUUGACCAUUUGAAAUCUCAGAAUGACUUGCUGCAGCUAACGCUCGACGAAAGUCGGGCACACACGGACAGAUUGAGUGUUCUCAUGGGAAAAUACGAGUCAAACAAUACGGCACUGCAACUGGCCAUAAAUUAUUCAGAUCAGGCGUUGGAGGCGUUUGAGGUGCUUGUAGCGCUACUGGAAAGUGAGCAAGGCGUGCUACUGGCAAACUGCCGUGCGGCUGGGUUAGGGAGUUAUGGUGAGAUUGAUGACCAGGCAGAAGUGGCGUCCAUCUUACAAAGAGCAAAUCAUGCACGCAAAACAGCCGAAAACGUAGCCAAACACUUACUUCAGCGACUUGACCGAAGUUGUGGAAUCAAUGUACAUAUACCAGUAUGCACUGCACCGCCGUGGGAAGAUUUAUCGUCCAAUGGGAGAACUGGCAGCACAACCAGUUCAACAGCAAGCUCGGGUGAUAUGGAAUUCAGUAAGAUAGAUGAGCAGCGGCUUCGUGACUAUAUCCAGCAGCUGAAGAAUGAUAGAGCCUCUGUGAAAAUGACAGUGAUGGAGUUAGAGAGUAUUCAUGUGGACCCCCUGUCAAAGACGCCUUGUGGAAGCCCCGACUCUCAGAAGCUUGACUUAGAGAAUGCUGUGUUAAUGCAGGAGCUUAUGGCUAUGAAGGAGGAGAAAGCGGAGCUCAAGGCUCAGAACUACCUGUUGGACAAGGAGAAGCGCGCCCUGGAACUGCGCCUCAGUGGGAAGGAAUCGCAGGAGCAGGCGUACCGCGUCCAGAUCGACCAUCUCAAGUGUGAGGUGGAGCAGCAGCAGGAACAGAAGCGACGUGGGGAUGGUAGACAGAAAAAGGAGGAAGACCAGUUAAUAGCAGCAAAGUUACUGGCAGAGAGACAUUCACAUAAUCCAGCAGAGAUCGCAGAGGAUCUGUCAGAGUCUCUACGACGGGAGAAAAAGCUGAAGCAGAGGGUUCAAGAGUUAGUGACAACGCUGGAAAAACUGUCGCGGAACUCUGAACGAAGGCACCAAGAGUCGGCAGAAUUUGUGAACGAUCUCAAGAGAGCUAACAGUGCCUUGAUAUCUGCAUUUGAAAAGGCAAAGAAAAAGUACCAAAGUAAAUUAAAGAAGCUGGAAGUACAAAUGGGUGCUAUGACAGAGCGCUAUGAAACACAGAUAAAUCUCUUGAAGCAAAGAGUGGCCCUGCUAGAAGAGGAAACAUCCAGGCCACCGACCAAUGAAACGUCUUUAUAGCAUUUACUGCAGAUCUGAAAUUCUAACCCUGUGAUUGGCUGUGUUCAUUAUUUGUUUCCAUGACAACCCAUGAGAUUAUUUCAGAUACCUACAGUGUACAUGUAUAUUUAUGCCACCAUGGGAAAUGACAUUUUUAAUUAAGUGAAUGUACAAAUGUGCAAGGUGAUUUACCUUUUCUGAGAUUGGACAGAAUUCUUGGGAUUGUAGAAGCCAUUGGAAGCUGUGUUGACUAUACGUUGUUGACAUUGUUGACAUGUGGAACUGUCUGUGCCAAGAACUGCUCUUGUGACGUGAACAUAUAAAUGUAGCUACAACCGUGCUCUUUCUUGUAUGUGUAGCUGAAGGGACAUAUGAGCAGGUUGUGGAUUGUUUUGUGAGCAACAACGACAACAUCUCUUUGGGCUGACCCCGGAAAGGAGUGUCAUACAUCAACCACGAGAUAAAAAGUUGAAUGAAGUUGGAAAUUUUUCUGGCCAGAUGUGUUGAAGUUGUGCAAGCUCAUCGAACACAGCUCUUGUUCGCAGAGAAACAUGUACUUGUCUGGCAAACAGUGAAAUCGGCGAAAGUGAAAGUGUUCAUAGAAAAGUGAUUUCCCGGAAGUUUUGCCCGAUGUUUUAACAACAUAAUUCUCUGGACUUCCACAUGUUUGUCUGUAGUGUACAUGUAUAAUGCAGGGUACAGGUAGACGUUUUUAUACAGGCCUGACUACGCCUCAUCCAUACCCUACAGCUCAAUGUGUGUGAAUAAGGAGGUUAGUGCAACUUCGGAACCUCAUAGGAUGGGAUUAUGUGUAUGACGGAAAACCACUGGCAAUCCGUGGCAUACUUGUAUGCAGAAGAUAACAUGUGAAAUAAACCGAAUUCAUGUGAAAUAAACCAAAUUCAUGUGAAAUAAACCGAAGCGUAACAGAGCAAGCAUGCCAUUCUGACUUACAGGAUUGUGCUUCCUUGUUGAAGUUAGAGUCAAUAUUAUCUGGGUGCUUCUGGUUGGAUAAUUGGGAUGUAAUGAUCUGUAUGGUAAAAGCUGCGAAAGGCAUUCAGCUAGUCUGCCAGAGUUUUGACUGUGGUGAGUCUAUGGUGCAUCAACUGGUGGUAGAAUGGUGCCUGGUACUCCUCUGCAAACAUUAGAAAAGGAAAAAAACUUCAAAAUGGAAGGCUAUAUGUAUGUUGGUGUUGACCUUGCGAGAAAUCACUGAUAGUCUUACCCUAUUGACACUGCAACUAGAAGAAGGAUUUUGGGACAGCUGCAAUUGUUGCAAAAGAAUAGCUACAGCAAACAUUUUAUGUGUGAUUAAUGCUAGCUUGCAAAAUGUUUCUUGGACUAGUUUUUACUUAACUUAUUUCAUGCGGUUUUGUGCAAGACAUUGAGCUGAAUUGAUUUGGACAGUUUUGUCUUCCUAGGUCUUACUGGACAUGCAGUGAACCUGAAGCAAAUUUGGACACUUUUGUCUUGCUGGGUCUCACUGGACAUGCAGUGAACCUGAAGCAAAUUUGGACAGUUUUGUCUUGCUGGGUCUCACUGGACAUGCAGUGAACCUGAAGCAAAUUUGGACAGUUUUGUCUUGCUGGGUCUCACUGGACAUGCAGUGAACCUGAAGCAAAUUUGGACAGUUUUGUCUUGCUGGGUCUCACUGGACAUGCAGUGAACCUGAAGCAAAUUUGGACAGUUUUGUGCAAAACUUAAGUGGGUAAUCUAUCAUACAUGUGGCUAAAAUGAGUGUGGACAGUUGGGUGCAAACCGUACUUGGUGUACAGUAUAAAUGAAGAAAAUAUCAGUAUCUGAAGUCACUAAUAUGCUUGUAUUGUUUCAUGUGUAUGUCAGCCUAAAACAGAAUUGUUUCAAAAUACAGUGAACGGCUUGUCAAACAUGUAUUUAUCAUGAAUGUGUAAAUAUGCACACUUAGGUUAUUGUACACUGUAUACUUGGCAUUGUAUUUCAAAACAUGCAUUUUUCUGUAACUUAAUUCCUUGAGUUAAGUUCAUUUUAUGUGACAAUCCAUGGCAUUGAAUUUGAUCUUAUGCAUGCAUGUGUUUAUAUGCAUAUGCAAAUGACUUGGCAAAAACCAACCAAUGAUGCAAAAGAACAGUAUUUUGUGCGAAACUGCUUUAUGAUCCUCCACAUGCUGUUUUUAUUAAAACUGUGUGAUACCUGUUUUUACAUUGUAUAUUAUCGCUCGUUUUUUGAUACGUUUUUUUUGUAGGUUUAUUACAUUUUGCAUAAUAGCAAUGGUGCAUUCGUAUAUUGAUCUACAUGUAUCUCAUACAUGUAUUCUUCAUGUAACCAUGGUAACAGUCUAAUGGCUUACAUAGUGACAGAAUGAAAAUAGCAAAAAAAAGACUUUACGUCAUAGAAGUUACAUGUACUUUACUGAAUAUUGCAAAGAAGAGUGUGUAUAUUAUUAUAUUAUGGAACAUAGCAAACAUGGCAUUUCAUUGUAGAAAAUUACGACAGAGAUUUGCUAUGCAGUGCAGAAGAUAACAAUACAGAUCAUUGCAAAACAGUGCAGUGCAAAAUUCAGAAAAUUAAUUAAUGACAACAAAAUAAUGUAUUACAUUACAGAACAUUGCAACAUAGGGAAUAGCGAUAUAUAAAACCAUAACAAUUCGACUCAGAAUGCUGUUCAGAAUGGUAACAUUGCAAUAGAACAUUAGCUUUGAACACAUCACUGGCAUUAGCUACACAUCAGUAGCAUUUUGCCCUUGUGUAGCCUGUUUAUGAGAGUUGUGUUGAUCUUAAGAAAGAGUCUUGAGGUUUGUUUUCAAUUCAUGAUGAUCUCCUAGUUGAAAACAUGUCAGUUUCAGCACCAGAAAAUGAAAUAUACAGGGUGGAACAAAAGUCUGGGCCCCUAGGCAAUUUACAAUUUACAGUUUACAGUAAGUGUUUGAACAGCUUUCCACCUUCCCCCAAACACUUUCUUACUCAGGAGACACAUGAUCUUUGCACAUUUCGAAGCAUAGAGUUAUUCCUUUUUAUGGUUUCAAUUUCUUGUGUGAUUUUAUCUUUUAGCGCUUGUAAUGUUCUUGGUUUGUUAGCAUAAACCACUGAUUUAACAUGUCCCCGUAAAAAAAAAUCCAAAGGACUUAAAUCCGGAGAUCUCGGUGGCCGUUCAACCGGCCCUCAUCGUCCAAUCCAUUUCCCUGGAAAUGUGCUGUCAUGUUAACUUAUACAUGAUAUGUAAAUGAUCCAAAUUAUGUUAAAAAUGAAUAAAAAAAAAUUCUGUAGUAAAUUGCCUAUGGGUCAUGAAUUUUGCUCCACCCUGUAUAUGGCCCCGACAACCGUACAUGCUCUGUACCCUCAAAAAAUUCCAUGUUAGAGGUACUAGUCCAAUGUCUACAGCUGCAUGUCUAGAAGCUAUCAUAUCGGGACAGAUCAUUUCUUUAUUUCUGUGAAGUUUAUUGCACCCUUACUGGAUCAAUACAUACAAUUGAUUAAUAUGAAUUAUGUUUUCAAAUUUGCAAAUUUUUUUUGAAUUUGUUAAGGCUUUAUUGUACAAACGUGUAACAAAAGUCUUAAUUCGUGACGAUGGCCAUGUUUUGUCAUUAGCAUUAAAGAGAGUAAAAGAAAGUUUUUUUUUUGCAGAAAUGAGAUUUGAAAAAGUGAAGCUGGCCAUACGCCUAAGUUGCGUAUGUGUAAGUCUAUUGAUAGGCUGGCUUUUAAACCUUACAAAGCUCCAGUCCAGUGCACUGUGAGCAAAAGUGCAGAAAGCUUCUUUUGUAACUUGUUUACAAAUACAUAUACAAUAUAAUUAGACUAUCAAAAAUUUGUUAUGUUUGGCAUUUUAUGCUUAAAUAUUCUUCUGAAGAAAAUUUUGAUUUGAUAUGCAAAAGAGAUAACAUGUAUUUAGAAAUAUUUAUGGGUAUUCAAAAGAAGUUACAUGUUACCUUUCGUUGAAAUUUCUGAAAAAUCUGAUCAGAUAACAUUGCUUAACUCCAAACCACUAAACUGUACAUGAAAAUAAAUCUUGGCAGUAAUACUGAUACCAGUG